AUGCUGAACUGUACACGUGUUUCCCCGUACUUCGCUGAGAUCUUGGAUCGGUUGCCAUGGAUUGUAUUAUUCGUGACUAUUCAUAAUCAUACACCUCGAAUGAACGCCAAACCCGACAUUCCUGCAUGGACUGAGCCGUUCGCCUAUCCUCGCGCAUUUCCAGAAUAUCCCAAAGAAGCUAUCCGUGCCACAACAAUCAGCGUCAGCUUCCUCGCCAGACAACAGCCAUGUAGCUCCCAUAGCGCUACAGUUUCUGUAUCAAACGUACCCAUGUUGGUUCCGGUCCAUAAUCCCCGGCAUGAUCGAGUGCGCGUAGGCGCUAGUGCAGAUGAUGAGGAGGAAGACGAGGAGGAGGGACUGGAAGUUGAAGAGCGCAGACUAAAAAACAACACAAGCAAAGGACGUCUUCUCUCUUCCCACUUUGACAGAACUGCAGCCAGCAGUCGCAAACUUGGAGAAUCCACUGAACCAGCGAAUCUGAGUGAGCUCUGUGUCCCCGAUCGAGGUCAGGAUGGCUGCGAACACAUGACUGACGCUUCCGCCUUCCAUAAGCGCGCGCUAAGGCAGCUCGACAUGCAAAACCCGACCCACAGCGGCGGCGGCACCCCCGGCCGCAACGUCCUCCUUCGACCUCAGGUCGAUCCUUCAAGUUCCUCUGCAUCUGCGCCUCACGCUCUUUGGCUCCCUGGGUUUGGCCAUGGUGCCGAAUACUCUUCCCCGUUCAGACUACCGACCACUGCUGCGCCAAGUUCUGCGUUAAUCCAAGGGGGGCAGCCUGUUCGUCCGGCCGAACCGUGGGCACCAUCCGAACCGCCUGAAAGCUCGACGGUCACUGCGAGUGCCGUCACUCAAAAAUCAGACUGGAGGACCCGACGGAAAGAGGAGAGAAAGAAGACCGGCAUGGCUGAACCAAGAGCCCUGCGCCUCUUGCUCCUUGCCUACGGUGAUCCCAGUCCUCAUCACUCAUUCCCGCAAGAGCCGCUUCCGGAGACGGUGCGUGUCCUUGAUGAGAUCGUGACCGAUUUUGUUCUGGAAAUGUGCCACGCAGCCGCUGCGUAUGCAAGCUAUGCCCGCCGUCAGAAGAUCAAAGUCGAUGACUUUCGAUUCGCUCUGCGUCGUGACCCUGGCAAACUUGGCCGUGUUCAGGAGCUGCUUCGCAUGGAACGCGAGCUGAAGGAGGCCAGAAAGGCGUUUGACCAGAAUGACGAUCAAGUGGGGACACUGAAGGAGACCGGGAAAAGGGGGCUGGAGGAAGCUGGUGAGAGUAUGGAUGAAACCACCACCACUGGUGCGGGCAAGAAAAGCAAGAGCAAAGGAAAGAAAAGUGCUAGGAGAGGGUCUGACGCGACGGAGGAGACAGUCUCCAAGAAGAGAAAAGUUGCAGGCUGA